AUGUCAGCAUUUUUUAACUAACAAUUCAAAUCAAAUUCAAUCCUGCUCGGAAAGAGAAACCCCAGCAGCGCCAGCUUCGAUAUCAAGUCACACUUAUUGCAGCAAUUUUCAAGAUCACACCUCUCAACUGCUACUAACAGCGAUGAAUCAAGAAGACCCAGCUAUGACUAUAAGGAGGAAGAGGGCAACAGACCUAGAUAGAACUAUGAAGGGCUUUUAUUCGGAAGAGUUUCUGACUUGCAUGAAAGCAACAGCGCCUUUGCCAAGUGCUACUCCUCAGACAAGAGAUUCGUGCCAGCAGGGCCGCGUCCGCCAGUUCCCCCUGUGGGGGGCUUAAUUAACAUAAAUGAUGCUGCAGACACCAUCAAUAAAAAUCAAAGAUGUCUGCAAAGUAUUUCCACCUAAAUUUCUAACUAGCAAAAUAUUAAAUCCGAAUUCAUCAGCUGCGACCAGUCACUACCAAACAGCGUUAACAACCAAUAUCAAGAAAACAAGCAAAUUUCCUCCUCCCUAUCAACCAACAGUUCCUCCCCAAGCGAACAGAUUUCCAUCGAGAGACAAUCAUCCUACCAAGAACAGGAUUCCACUUUGCCCUCUUUACUGAGUGAGCAGGAUGAACCUCUUCACCAGCCUUUGCAUCUGCUGCAGAACCUGCUGGAUCCUCUGGGAGUGCCAAGUUCUGAAGAGUUCCUUAAGAAGAGAGACGUCAAGGCCAGUUCGAAGGCCAAAGACGACAAGCAAGGCUGCAAGGGAUGCUACCUACUUUUUCAUAAGUUGAAGCAAGACGGGUUCUGCCACAAUUGCUACAAGAUUUAUGAAGCUGUGGAGGCGUUCGUUGACCUUAACAAUGGGAAGUUCGAGUUCAUUGAGAAGAAGUGCCAGUUCAAGCUUACUUGCUCCAACCUCCAUGACUGGAAAGUUGACUUCAAGACCAAAUAGGUCAAGAAGUGGUGCAAGAUUUGCAAGAAGAAGGCGAGAGCCCAGAGAAAGGAAUACUUCAAGAUGAUGGACGAAGAGGAGUAUCUCAAGAAGAUUCAGUUGCAAAACGAGCUCUUCAACAAGACUCUUGGAGGCAAUGCAGCAGCAGGUUCUUACGCAGAAGACGCAUACGGCUAUGGUGAGGAAGACGAUUACCUGUUUCACGAUCAUGAUGACCAUCAUCAGCAUCAUGGCCACGGAGGGCAUCAUCAUUUCAACUAUCAAAACGAAGAAGAACAAAAAGAAGCUGAGAGAUUCUUUGCUAUCCUAACUGGGGAGGAAGGAGAGGAAAGAUAAAUCUCACAGGAAUUCAUGAAUGAAGUUGUUUUAGCAGAUUAGUCAGGAGAGAAGAAUGAGUUCGUUCAGAAAGGUCGCGAGACUGGUUCAUCCCGACAAGAACUCGCAUGUGCUUGCCAAGGAGGCAUUCCAGAAGUUGGUCAAUUGUAGUAUACGGAGUAAAACGAAUUAAACGAUCUGGUUGUGGUAUGGGCUCCUUUUUGA